UGCAGUGGAAAGGUUCUUUUGACCACUCGUUGGGAAAGGGCUUAUGGCCUCGCUGGCUCGUAGCUCAGAGCACUCACUCGAUGCUAUGAGAUGUUAUGGAGCAAGCCUUUAUUCGUAGAACUACCGAUAGAAGUGAUAGCACCAUGUACUUCCUCGCAGUGAAGGCAUCUUUUCGUAAUUGUGCUGCUGGCAGUAAGCAGUACGAAUCGAACAGCUGUAAGAGCAGAGAUAAGCGAGCGGCAGCAGGCGUGUGCAUGUUAAAUAUAGUAGAGCAUUGUAAAGACCCCAUGGUCUACAAAGGCUGACAAUAGGGCAAUGCACAGUAAAGCAGCAACAACAGUAGCAACAGCAUGAAACCAGAGCGAAGCACUGGGCGUUGGCCAAUAGCUGGGUCUUCGCGACGUUGCAAGAUAGGCUGAAGUUUGCUGAAUGACCUGAAGGGCCGAUAGGUCGGAUCGAAAGUUAAGAGCUAAGCGAAUUACUUAUCCCGGACAUUGGAAAAAGAACCUGGGGGAGGCCAGGCUGGUGGAAACACACUAACGACCGCAGCCAUCACUGUCAUGAUCAAUAUGCUGAUGCUGGUAACAAAGAUGCACCCCACGUCUGAUCCAGAUUACGCUCAUCAACGGAGUGACAGCAAAACAAGUAAAAAUGAGGGGGUAAAAAACCUAGCGAUCUGAAAAUGGAAGGAAGUGGACAAGGGAGUAUCAGCAAGUUGGGAGCGGCUGUGGACGUAGUUAAUUACCUGGCAACGGAUGAGUGGACGUGCUUACUGGAGUAACGAGGAUGAAACGGAAAGAGGAAGUCACAAAGGGAAAGAGAGAGAGUGUCUGAGAACUCUAAUUCUUUACUGUGUUAGGCAGAGAAAAACGCUGGCAAAAAACUGAAUAUGACAGCUGUAGUACAGCUGUGGUAUGUAAAUGAAUGAAGUGGAGGGCAGGUGUAUAGGCACAUGGGCCUACAGAAGAACUGGCUAAAGAGAAAGACGAAUGAUUGAGGAGGAAAAUGAAUUAUGGAACUUAGUUGGAACUAUGGGGAAAACUGGAACUGGACAAGGUAGUAGGGAAAUCGGAGCUAUCGCUGAGUGGAAAAAGAUACGAAAUAAUAGAUUUUGUAGUAUGUAUGACUAAUCGACAGUACUAGCAGUAUCUGCUAUCAAAAGAUACUAGGGAAAAAAAGCAAUCGAAAUGCAGCAGGACAAUGGAGAAGGGCAAUAAAAGGCCAUAGAAGACGAAUGUCAUCGACGAAGUGUAUGCGCAAACAAGAGGCGGUGCUACGGACAGGCGUCUUGGUCGGAUGGAUUUUUCUGCUCGCGAUUGGAGCGAGAGUUAUCGACGCAAGUGUUAGCGUAUUCCUCACGAAACCGGGUCCGUACGACAGGCGCUAUGGAGCGUUUUCGGAAAGUGAACGCCAAGAAAUGCUCGAGCUCACAAGAGAAAUGUUUACGUUUGCAUAUGAUUCGUACAUGCGACAUGCAUUUCCUGCUGAUGAGCUCAACCCGUUGGCGUGCUGCGGUCGGGGCCCGGAUCGGGAACGACGAGACAACAUUAAUAUCAAUGAUGUCCUUGGAGAUUAUUCGCUCAGUCUUAUUGAUUCCCUAAGUACGUUAGCCGUUAUGGGAAAUCGGUCAGAGUUUCGGCGGGCCGUCGAACUGGUACUCGAUAAUGUAUCGUUUAACAAAGACAGCACCGUUCAGGUUUUUGAAGCCAAUAUCCGUCUGCUCGGGGCUCUUCUGUCAGCUCAUCUUCUAAUCAAAGAUCCUGCUAAGCCUUUUGGCGAUUUGAGGCCUGCGGGGUACAGCAACGAGCUGCUGACGCUUGCCAGAGAUCUUGCCAAUAGACUACUACCGGCGUUCGAUGGAACCCCAACCGGUCUCCCAUUUCCCCGUGUCAACCUUUUAACAGGAGUGCCUCGUAACUGCUCAACGGAAACAUGCACUGCCGGAGCAGGAAGCCUUCUACUUGAGUUUGGCGUACUUACACGAUUAACAGGCGAUUUUGUGUUUGAGAGCGUUGCUCGCCGCGCUAUGGAAGCCCUUUGGCUGCGAAGAAACAAAGACACAGGCCUUCUCGGUAACGUGAUUGAUGUACGCUCGGGACGAUGGCUGGGCACUAUGUCUGGGGUCGGCGCUGGUUUGGACUCCUUCUUUGAGUAUUUGCUGAAGAGUUAUAUCCUAUUUGGGGAACAUGACCAUUUCCGAAUGUUCAAUGAGAGCUAUUCAACUAUAAAAAGGUAUAUGCGUAAAGGUCGCCCCCACUGUAAUGCCGGAUCGGGAGAGCAUCCGCUUUACGUGAACGUAAACAUGGCUUCUGGAAGAACUUCCACACUUUGGAUCGAUGCGCUGCAGGCGGCCUUUAGUGGUGUGCAGGUGCUGAUGGGUGAUGUGGAGGAGGCCAUCUGUUCCCAUGCUUUAUACCACGCCAUUUGGAGAAAAUUUGAUGCCCUACCGGAGAGAUUUAACUGGCAUUCAAUGAACGCCGACGUCCACUUCUAUCCGCUUAGACCAGAACUUGCCGAAUCCACGUAUCUGCUGUACAGAGCUACAAAGAACCCGUUCUACUUGCAUGUUGGCCGUGAAAUCCUCGUCAGCCUCAACAGUUACUCGCGUGCUCAGUGCGGCUAUGCAACAAUACAUGACGUACAUGAUAAAUCUCUUGAAGACCGAAUGGAGAGUUUCUUUCUCAGUGAAACAUGCAAAUACCUCUAUUUGUUGUUCGACAACGACAACCCACUUAACCAACGAUUCUCCAGUUACGUCUUCACAACGGAAGGACACGUGUUUCCUAUAGUCAAAGAGUUUCGAACGCCGGUUGAUGAAACGGUAUCGCGUAGUGAUCGGGAGCCGCAGUUGCCGCCAGAGGUAGGCGCACUCGCUGCAGAUGGCGAACUUCCGCUGACCACGUCGGGUAACAAGUUGACUCUGGUGAACGCAUCUGGACCCGGCUGUCUGAGAGUUAAUCAGGAACGAAUGUUUCUGCUGCCGCUAAAACAUGAAUACCUCGCCCAGGUCAGCACGUCCCUUGGUCUCGACCUUCAAAACUCGGCAGAAGACCUGCUAUGAUCGCCUGCGGACGCCAAGAGUAGUUAACCUACGUUAGUUAUCAUGUUGCCGAGAAUGUGACAUAAGUAGCUGUUAGAUAGGCUUGGAGGUUGUUUGUUAGAUUGUUUAUUAGACGAGAAGAAAAGUAAUGUGACAACUGGUAUUUUCUUUAUCAAUCCCCUGGGGUAUACGCGAAGAGGUUCCUGUCCAUAUAACGUUAGCAAAAUACAUGUAUUUACUGUACUAUGCUCAAAGUCUAGCUGGAAUCAAUCAGACGAAGGCGGUCUCUUCUUCGCACCGUAUUGAAACGAAGAAUCGAUAUACAUGCAGUAUACAUAUAAAUGUACGCAGUGCAGAUUUCCGUGAUGUCGUUGAACUCGUUACGAUAUCGACAAAUGCACGCAGGUGCAAACCGCGGCCGACAUCGACCUGCUUUACUAAAAUGUUGCCAAAUUUGCCGUCCCGAACAUAAGAUCCCGGAGUAUCGUAACGUAACGUGUAACACUAUCAAUCGUUUCAAUGUGACUGCGAAGCCAUAUCAAGCAUAUACAAAACUAUUAUGUACGGGACCAUUGUGCCUUGACUAGUCGUUUGAAUGAAUUAUAAAGUAUGAUGUUUAUUGAUGUAACCGCAUGCGAAGUUUGUAAGCAAGAGAAAAUGACUUCUUCGAAACAAUGAAGUGUCAAAUAUGCGCAGGAUGAACAUCUAUCUCUCUAGAAGGCCUGGCGUCCCGUAACACGGAUAAUGUAUUACCACUUGGGUAAACUGAAUGGCCGAAUGAAAAGUCAAUAUUACGAGUACUAUUUUAAUGAACUGAAACACCCGUCCCGGCAUGUUUACAGACUGUAUAGAUGCUCUUACCUUGAUGGAGACAAGUGCGUAACAAGUGACACUCUGCCAAAACAAAUAAAAAAAAAAGUUUCAUUGA